CAUAUAUAUAUUUUUAUAUGUGAAACUAAAUCAAAUCAAUUUAAAAUUUUUUUUAAAAACAUCAUUCAGAUAGUUCACAAAAAGCUCAUUUAACCAAAGUGUUGACCUAAAAUUUAUUUUGUUCUUAGUUUUGUCACUUUUACAAUCCCUAAAAUAAAUAAGGCAUAAAACAUUUGAUGUAUUUUCUUCAUUUAUAUAUUUUGUCUGGGUAGUUCGCAAAAAAAAUCAUAAAAACAAAUACCAAAGUGCUCAGUUAAAUUGAAUUUUUUAAGUCCUAAGUCCUCUUUCACAUUUUUGCCAUGCUCUUGCUUAUUUACGAUCUCGGAAAUAAACUUCGACUGGUCCUGGUGAACAUCUGCGAACCCUUCGAGUGAUUUUGCCUGAUUUAUGAAUUUUGCAAAUUUUUGUUUGGCCAAAACAAACACCAAUGUCCAAAUGCGAGUGUCUGUGUGAGGAGGCAUUUGAUUUAUGAACGUGUGGAGCACAAGCGGCGCAUUUGACCGCAUUACAUGGAAAAUAGUUCAACCAACCACAUUUUUUGUUGCUGUGCUUUUAACGCGAGUUUUGAAACAGAAAAACCACAGAGAAAAAAAAAAACAAAUAUUAAACACAAAAAAAAAAACACUUGACAAAUCUAACAAAAAUCCAACAAAUAUUUGAAUCCCGACCGAAAUCCACAAAAACAAAAAAAAAAAUAAUAACUAGCAGUAGCAACAGCAAAACCGGCGGCAUUUUCAAAAUGUGGUCGAUGGCGAAAUGACCCUCCUGUCCAACAUCCUCGACUGUGGAGGCGGCAUUCCCGCCCAGCGCUUCGCCCACCUGCUGCGCCAGUCCAGCUCAUCAGGAUCCACCCCAUCCGGAACAGCAUCCGGUCCAUUUGAAUCCAAAUCCAUGCUGGAGCCGACAUCCUCGCACAUCCUGCCGACCGGACGAGUGCCAAUCCUGCACGAUUUUGGUUCCUCAUCAACGGCAUCACCGCUAACGGGAACGUACCUCCUCGAUGGCGUGGCCAGUGUGGCCAAGAUGGCCCUGGAGCCCACGGUCAGGGACAUCCUGCCCGAUCCGGAUCCGGACCAGGUCCCCAGCAAUCUCAACGCCAGCGGACCCUGGAAUUUAACGCUCGCCUCGUCGGCGGCCACCAAUUUCGAGAACUGCUCGGCGCUUUUUGCCAACUACACCCUACCGCAAACAGGUCUCUACUGCAAUUGGACCUGGGACACAUUGCUCUGCUGGCCACCCACUCCGGCCGGAGUCCUGGCCCGGAUGAACUGUCCCGGCGGCUUUCACGGCGUGGAUACGCGUAAGUUCGCCAUCCGCAAAUGCGAACUGGAUGGCCGGUGGGGCAGCAGGCCAAAUGCCACGGAGGUGAGUCCGCCGGGAUGGACGGACUAUGGGCCGUGCUACAAGCCGGAGAUUAUCCGCCUCAUGCAGCAGAUGGGCAGCAAGGACUUCGAUCUCUACAUAGACAUAGCCAGAAAGACCAGAACGCUGGAGAUCGUGGGCCUCUGCCUUUCCCUGUUCGCCCUGAUAGUUUCUCUGCUGAUCUUCUGCACAUUCCGCUCCCUGCGGAACAACCGCACCAAGAUCCACAAGAACCUGUUCGUCGCCAUGGUGCUGCAGGUGAUCAUCCGGCUGACCUUGUAUCUGGAUCAGUACCGGCGGGGAAACAAGGAGGCGGCCACCAACACCAGUCUCUCAGUCAUUGAAAAUACGCCCUAUUUGUGCGAGGCCUCGUAUGUGCUUUUGGAGUACGCCCGUACCGCCAUGUUCAUGUGGAUGUUCAUCGAGGGUCUCUAUCUGCACAACAUGGUGACGGUGGCCGUUUUCCAGGGCAGUUUUCCCCUCAAGUUUUUCUCGCGUCUCGGCUGGUGUGCCCCCAUCCUGAUGACCACCGUUUGGGCGAGAUGCACGGUGAUGUAUAUGGACACUUCGCUGGGCGAAUGCCUGUGGAACUAUAAUCUCACACCAUACUAUUGGAUCCUCGAAGGACCGCGACUGGCGGUUAUACUGCUCAAUUUUUGUUUCCUGGUGAACAUAAUACGGGUGCUGGUGAUGAAGUUGCGUCAAUCGCAGGCCAGCGAUAUAGAACAGACACGGAAGGCGGUCAGGGCCGCGAUAGUCCUAUUACCACUUUUGGGUAUUACCAAUCUCCUGCACCAGCUGGCCCCUCUGAAAACGGCCACGAACUUUGCCGUCUGGUCGUAUGGCACCCAUUUCCUCACCUCGUUCCAGGGAUUUUUUAUAGCUCUUAUUUACUGCUUUUUAAACGGCGAGGUGCGGGCAGUGCUGCUGAAGAGUCUGGCCACCCAGCUGUCGGUGCGAGGUCAUCCAGAGUGGGCGCCAAAGAGGGCGUCCAUGUACUCCGGUGCCUACAACACGGCGCCGGACACGGAUGCAGUGCAGCCAGCGGGUGAUCCAUCGGCUACUGGAAAGCGAAUAUCACCGCCGCAUAAAAGGUUGAACGGAAGGAAACCGAGUAGCGCAAGCAUUGUGAUGAUCCAUGAGCCGCAAAAGCGGCAGCGAUUGAUUCCUCGGCUGCAGAACAAGGCCCGGGAAAAGGGCAGGGAUCGGGCGGAGAGGGCGGAUGCGGAAACGAACACGAAAACGGAACCGGAACCGGAUCCGGCCAUCACGCGCAUCCACAGCAAGGAAUCGACGACGGGAAGCACGGGAUCGCGCAGCAAUCGAGGCUCCAAGUGGAUCAUGGGCAUCUGCUUCCGGGGUCAAAAGGACAAAUGUGUGAUGCCAGGUUCCCAAAAGACGCAGCAAAUAUUUAUGACGUCACAACUGGCGCCAACGUCGACGCUGGCAGCGGUAGCAACAACAAUAACCACAACAACAACAACCGCAGCAGCAAAAACCACAAUAGCAACAAUCGCAACGAUAACAAAAUCAAAGGCAAAAGCCAAAGCGAUUGCAAAAGGUCAUCAAAUGCCGAAAUCUUAAAGGAUAUCGAUCUCUAUUUCUUGCAAGCGCAACUGUACUAAAUUAAACUAAAAAGCUGAAAAGUGUGCACGUUUUUUGUAUGCAGCGGCUUCGAUUAUACCGCUAUAAGUUUCGAUAAAUAUCGAUUAAUAUACAUUAUAUCCAAUAUUUUUUGUAUAUUUACCAACGAAAUGGUGGAUCACAAUUUUUUUGCAUAUACAUCCGAAUAUAUAUUUAUAUUUUUAAAGAGAAUGUGUAAUGAGUGUAUUGAUGAAUGUAAUUGUUAAUCUUUUUUUUUUUUUGAAUAAGCUCAAUUAUGAUAAAUGUAACGGUAUUUACAUAAAGCAUAGAGAAAACAUAUUUACAUACAUACUUGGUGUUUACACUGUCGCAUGCAAAAGAGAAACCUGAUAGAAAUAUCGGAGCAUAGAUCGUAUAUUGAAUAUACAGGCAUAUAUAUUAUAAAUAAACACGUAAAGAGAGUACAAAGCACUUGGAAUGGUAAAGAGGAACAAGAAGAAAAUAUACGGAAUUUGAGCGUAUCACUAUGUCACACAUCAUCUGAUCUCUGAUCAGCGGGAAUAUUGAAUAUUCACCCUAACGUUAAGCUUACUAUGCAUUUUUAAAUGUAAUAUUUUGUGUGUGAAGCCGCGACGGUUUUGAUUUAUUUUCUCUGUUUCCGUUUCGCUUCACGCAAUUUUCCAAACUAAGAAUUCAAGCCGAAUUUAAGAAAUGGAACCUAAAAAAACCAGAACACCCAGUGUUCGAGGGCAAACUAUUACGUGUUUAAGACUAAAUGGAAAAUGAAUAAACAUGAUUUUAUAUGCAUACAUACUAAACCAAAUUCGGUAUCUACUUUCUUCAACUUGUUUGGGAUCAGGUUCGAAGUCCACAAAGUUUGCUUUUUCAGAUCGGCACGUGCCAUUCGCGAAUUCCCGAAUUGGCCCAGCUUAAUUGGCAAUUUUGGCCCAUAAGCAGCUUAAUCGGACGAUUUAAUGGGCCGUCAAAAAAGUGCGAUGAAAACGAUGAUGUGGAUAUUAUACCGGCUAAAAAUAUUCGACGUUUUGGAUACCCUAUAACUGUAUAGUUUUAAAAAUUAACUAACUAAUAAGUUUUAUAAUUUUGUUGUACCUUAAAAUUUAAAGACUUAUUUUUACUUAAUAAUGCUGCAAUCAAAUUUCCUUGACUUCCUGAGCAGUCUCAAUGGCAAUUAAGUCACCAAUUGCUGGUGAUAGAAAAACUGACAGGCAUAUAGAUAACCUAUUUAAAUUGCAUAAAAGGCGUCAAGUACUAUAGAGGCAAAUCGACAUUGGAGAAAUGAAUCUUUUUAUCUAUAAGAGUAUACAAAUAAAAAGCACUAAAAAAAACAAGAAGCAAGAACGAAAUUUACAUAGUUAUACAUAAGUCUUUAAAAAACUUUAAAGUACCCUUAGAGAAUAAUUUUGUUUCUUCAAUUUUCUAUUCAUUGCUAGUAAACAUAUUAAAAGCUUUUUUAGUUGAAAUUUUGCCCAUUGAUUGGAAGCAUUGGUAACACGAGCGUAUACUUGAUAUAU